GAAUGCAGUAUUCUCAUAAUUAGGUAGUAAGUGUUAAUAAUGUAUAAGCUCAUAUUGAAUGUACGUAUGUUCGUUAGAGACGGUCACACUGGACAAGCUCUCUUCCGUUUUCCUAAGUGGCAUCAAUAAAGACACGCUUCAAUAUACGUCCUACAAAAUCAUUAAUAAUCUGCAUAUCAACGAUUAUUACAUGGUGUCAGAAGUGAAAAUAUCAAUUGCAAUCUAAAAAGGAACAAAAUGGAGCGAGUUCUACAAGAAGUCGACUGCUCAAUGCUGGCAUAUGAGUGGCCAAAAUGAAAGAGGUCGUUUAUCAUGUACAUGAUGGCGUCAGGCAAAGACUCAGAGCCAGAAGCCAAAAAGAUUGCCACAUUCCUAUGGUUGGCUGGAUCAAAGGUCACGGAAAUAUACAGUACAUUGUUUCCCAACGAUGGAACCGCACAUGGCAUGGUCGGCACCAUGGUGACGUCUUCAGACCCGUCUUCCUCUGCCGCGGUCGUCAGCCGUACACUGGAGGACGUACUAAAGGCAUUCGAUGACUACAGCAUCCCGUUCUGAAACAUCACAAUGGAAUCCUACAAAUUCAACAACAUUGUUCAAACUGAGGGACAGCCUUUCAUAGAGUUUGAGACGCAACUCCGCAAGCAGGUACAGUUAUGUGACUACAAAUGUGACUGUGGCCGAACAUACGAAGAACGUAUGUUGCUAGACCGCUUCAUAAUUGGCAUUCAAGAUAAAAGGCUGCAGCUUAAACUCCUUGAAUCAAAAAACAAGAAACUCGAGGAGAUCAUCACUGAGUGCAAAGCCUCUGAAGCGGCCGCAAAAAACAAUGAAUUUCUACGGAAUUCCCAUUAUGAAAAGUCCGUUGACGCAGUUGUCCGUCGCUGCUAUAAUUGCGGAGCAAUUUUCAACCCGAAUCAUCUUUCCGAGUGCCGUGCAAAGGAAAUGGCAUGUUACUAUUGCGGAAAAAUUGGACAUUUUUCCAAGUACUGCAAGCAGCAGAAGAAACGAGUGGAUAACAACAACUACAACAGCAGCAAUAGACGAGUGGAUAACAACAACAUCAGCAACAAACGAGUGGAUAACAACAACUACAAAAGCAAGCAGGUAGAUGUGGAUCGCAAGCAAACAGCCGGAGCAGUUAUUAAUUGGAUAGAAUCAGAAUAAGCGAGUGCGGGCUAAACAGAGUAAGAUGGACGAAAACAUAUAAAAUAAAUGGAAAAAAUGUUACGUUUAAAGUGGACACAGGCGCUGAUGUUAACUGCAUCCCAAGUGAUUUAGUUAAAGAAUUAAAACUUGAAGUUAAAAAAGAAAACAUUCUAAUUUUUGACUAUAAUAAUGUUAAAGUUAAUAAUUUUGGAAAAGUUAAGGCAAACUGUUAUGAUCUGAAUUCAGAAACAGCAAAAUGUAUUGAAUUUUUAGUUGUUGAUGCGAAAUGUGAACCACUAUUAGGUCUUAAGUCCUCUGUAGAAUUAAAACUCAUUAAACAUUUAAAUAUUGAUUCAAUAUGUAGAUUACCUCAAACCAGGGAGGAAUUUGUGGAAAAAUUUAGUCAAUUAUUUCAGGGACUCGGUAAGCUGCCAAAGAAACAAUCAAUCAUUUUGAAGGAAGGUGCUCAGCCUGAGCUCCAUUACAAAAAAAGGUUCCCACAAAGUUUGUUAGGGUCAUUGGAGCAAGAGUUAAAUGCUAUGGUAAAGGAAAAGAUAAUCUCCCCAGUAACAUACCCGACUAGUUGGGUGAACAAUUUGCAAGUAGUGGAAAAAUCAAACGGAAAACUCAGACUUUGUUUAGACCCUAAGCCGUUAAAUAACGCAAUUAAAAGAGAACAUUACCUUAUACCAACAAUAGAUGAUUUUAUGAUACAAUUAACUCGGAAAAAGGUUUUUACUAACCUGGAUCUGUCCCAUGGAUUCUGGCAAAUGGAGCUGGAUGAAGCUAGUUCAGAUUUAACGACAUUCAUGACUCCAUUCGGGAGGUUUAAAUUUAACCGGGCUCCAUUUGGAGUCAAUAGCGCUCCUGAAAUGUUUCAACGAAAUAUGGUUCAAAUUUUUGGAGGCAUACCAAAUGUAAUAGUUUACUUUGAUGACAUAGGAAUAUUAGGGGAAAAUCUUGAAGAUCAUGAUAACACGUUGUUACAAGUACUUCAGCGGGCUCAAGAAAAUGGAAUACGUUUUAACCCGGACAAAGUUCAAUAUAGGAAACAAGAAGUUGAAUUUAUGGGUCAUAUUUUAUCAGAAGGGCAAAUAAAACCUCAAAGAAAGCAUUUAGAAGCCAUUCAGAAUAUUAAAAUCCCAGAAGAUAAAGCGGGAGUGCUACGUAUUCUUGGACUUUUUAAAUAUUUAGCCAAGUUUAUCCCAGACUUAUCUUCUAGAAGUACAAACCUGAGAAAUCUGACUAGGAAUGAUACUUCGUUUGAGUGGACUGUACAACAUCAAAACGAACUCAAUGACUUGCUUAGAACUAUAACAAGUGAUCCGAUUUUAGCCGUCUAUGACAGCGCUAAGCCUGUUGUCAUUCAAACCGAUGCCUCAAAAAACGGUCUCGGUUGUGUUAUUCUACAAAACGGACAUCCAAUCAGUUUUGCGUCACGUACGCUUACAAAGAGUGAACAAAAGUGGGCUCAAAUUGAAAAAGAGCUUUUAGCAAUUGUGUUUGCGUGUGAAAGGUUUCACUACUAUGUCUACGGUAGAGAAUUUUUAGUAGAAAGUGACCACAAGCCUCUGGAAGUCUUAUUAAGCCGUGACAUUGACUCAGUAACAAUGCGAUUACAGCGAAUGCUGCUAUAUCUUCUAAAAUACCCCAAUGUCCGUAAAAUAUAAGCCUUGAAGAGACAUGUUAGUUGCAGACUGUUUAUCUCGAGCUCAACUACCGGAUGAAUCAGACAUCCCGGAACUGGCCAAUGUAAUUCAUAUAAUAAGCCAAGCAGCCUGUUUCUCGCAAGAAAAUUAUGAAUGCUAUCUUAGGGUUUUCGAAAACGAUGAAAAUUAUUGGAAAAUUGCUGAAUUUGUUAAAAAUGGGUGGCCAUCAUUCCAUAAAUUAAACCAAUUUUGUCAAAACUUCUAUAAAUUCAAAUCGGAAUUACACUUUGAAAACGGUCUUCUAUUUCGUGCUUGUAGGCUGGUGAUCCCGUCCAAGUUACAGAAAUCAAUCUCAAACCAAGUUCAUGAGUCCCAUUUAGGUGUGGAGAAAACCUUAGCUCGAGCACGAAAACUUUACUACUGGCCAGACAUGAGCGUACAUAUUAAGGAAUUGGUGCACUCUUGCGAGGUAUGUGAAAAGUUCAGAAGAAACAAUCAAAAGGAACCGCUAAUAGAUGAUGAAACACCAGAAUAUCCAUUUCAUAUGGCAGGAAUGGAUAUUUUUGAUUACAGGGGAAACAAUUUUUUGUCAAUCUUUGAUGCAUAUUCUAAUUUCUUGAUUGUUAGUCGGCUAAAAGGGAAAUCAGUUGCAAAUGUCAUUGAAGAACUAAAAAAAACAUUUGAUAAUUAUGGGUACCCAUCAAAGCUCAAAUGUGAUAACAAUCCCCUUAAUUCAUUUUCGUUUAGAAACUUUGCUAAUGAAUGUAAUACAUUAUUGCAGUUUUCGAGUCCUAGGUACCCACAAAGCAACGGACUAGCAGAAAAAGGGGUGGCGAUUGCGAAGAAUAUUUUAAAACGUUGCUCUAAAGCAACUGAUUACCAGUAUAGAAUCCUUGAGUACAAUGCUACUCCCGUAGCUAGUUUAGGUCUUGCUCCAUGCGAACUGUUCUUUGGACGAAUGUGUAAGACAAAAAUGCCAAUUAAGAAAUCGGAGCUGUUGAGAAAUCACAUUGAGGAGGAAAAGAUUAUUAAAAGAUUCGGUCAUAAAAAGGCGAAACAAAAGGCCUAUUAUAAUAUGCACUCAAAAACUCUGCGUCCAUUAAAUAUAGGAGAUAAAGUCCAAUUUAGAAAAAAUGCCAAUGAAUGGGAAUAUGGAAUCAUAAAACAAAAAGUAAAUGAAAGAUCGUACAUUAUAAAAGAUUACUUCAAUAAUUUUUUUAGAAGAAAUAGAAGACUCAUUAAUAAGACACAAAACGGCAAUAAUAUUUAUUAUGAUAAUGAAACUGUUAAUAUGUAUGAUAAUGAAACUGUUAAUAUGUAUGACAAUGAAAUUGUUAAUUUAAGUGAAAAUGGAACUGUUAACUUAAGAGAAAACGAACCAGAAGAAACUGAAAAAAGCAAUGAAGAGACUGUUAAUAUAAGCGAAGAACCAGUAGUCGAAGAAACUGAAAAUUUUGAUCUAAAUCAAACUGACAAUGUUAACAUAGAAGAAAACAUAGAUCCCUUAAGUAAUAGCACCUUUGUAAAUUUAAGUAACAUUGAUACCUCAGUGGACUAUGAAACCCCUGGAAGUUUCAGUUCAGAAGAAGAGGUAGAACCAACAGUAUCACGAUCAGGAAGAACUUUAAGACCACCCAAAAGAUAUGGUUGGGAUUAAAGUUGUUAAAUUAAAAAAAAAAAGAAAGCGUGUAAUAAUAGUGAGAAUGCAGUAUUCUCAUAAUUAGGCAGGUUAAUAAUGUAUA